AUGGUUCGAAACAAAGCCUUCAUCUACAAGGCCGUCCCCAAUGGCUGGCCUGUACCUGGCCAGGACCUAGCAGUCGAGGACAUUGGCUUUGACGAGAAUGCCGUGCCUCCCAAGGGCGGGUUCACGACAAAGAACCUCUACGCCUCGUUCGACCCCAGCCAGAGGAGGCGCAUGCGGGAUCCGUCUCUCAAGUCUUACUCUCCAGCCCUGAGUACAGGCAAGCCCGUUAUUUCUGUUAGUGUUCUUGGCCGAGUUCUGAAGAGCAACAAUUCCACGAUUAAGGAAGGCAGCAUGGUAUUGAUGACAGAUCACUAUAUCGAAUCUUAUUCCGCGGUUGAGGAAUCCGUUGUCGCCUGUGGCAGGAUCAAGAUCAUUGAAGAGAAACCUGCCGUGCCCUUGACUGCCUAUCUGAAUCUUCUGGGCAUAACGGGCAUGACCGCGUACGGCUCGCUCCACGAGAUCGGCACACCUAAGAAAGGCGAUACUAUCCUCAUCAGCGCCGCUGCUGGCGCCGUCGGCCAGGCUGUAGGUCAGAUAGCUCUGCGAGAAGGUCUAAAUGUCAUAGGUUCCGUUGGUAGCGACAACAAACUCAACUUCAUUCUUAAGGAUCUAGGCUUUACGUCGGGCUUUAACUACAAGACUGAAGACCUACACAAGGCGCUCACCCGGCUUGCCCCGAACGGUAUUGACAUCUACUACGACAACGUGGGCGGCGAGCUUCUUGACAUCGCGAUUACGCACAUGAACAACUUCGGACGAAUCAUCGCAUGCGGCUCGAUCUCGACGUACAAUAGCAAGUCGAUUGCCGAUGAUUACGGCCUCAAGAACUACUCCCAGGUCGUGCGCCGCCGCCUUCGCUGGCAGGGCUUUCUAGUCCAUGAUGACAACAUUAUGCAGUGGGCCAGGGAGCGUGAUGAGAAUGUUAGCAAGUGGAUUGUCGACGGGAGCUUCAAGACCGUCGAUUAUAUUACUGACGGGAUCGACCAUGCUGUCGACGGUUUCUUGGGCAUGCUUAAGGGUGAGAAUCUGGGCAAAAGUAUUCUGAAGAUUCCCGGUCCAGAGUAA